GUCUUCCACAGCCUGUCAAUCAAGGGUGCCACUAUCAGAAAGAAAUGAACCCUCUUUCCCAUUCCAACCCACGGGACUGGUUAAAUGUAUUCAGCCCUCCUAUAAUUCCUCCAAGCCAGCAAGUGGUAGAACAUGGUGAAAUCAGAACAAACAUGAGCACUCAAGGUGAAGGUGACUUCGGGGCCGAAGAAGAUGAAGUUCUCACUCUCUUAUACGACCCGUGCCUAAACUGUUAUUUUGAUCCUGAAACUGGCAAGUACUAUGAGCUGGCAUAGUCAUUUGCAAGGGCAAGGAACAUGACCCCUCUUCAGAACUCUUCCAGCACUUGGGCCUUUGCAAAACACUAUUUUAAAACAUCUUAAAGUUUUAUUUUUUUAAAAAAAAAUGUGUGGUGUGUUUUAACAGAUUGCCCUUGCAGGCUUUUCCAUUUUGCAUACAUAUUUUCUGAGCCAGCUGAUGUUAUGUAAACUAUGGAAAGUUGUUGUAUGUGAACAAAUUAUGCUGAAUCAAAAAUGUUUGCCUAGUUAA